AUUUUGAAAGACUAUUGUCGUCACGACGCUCCCGUCACUCUGACGUCCUGUUGCGUCGCCGUGUGACGAUAUGUGGAAAGCAGCAAUGUCGGAGGAGGUUGGGAAGGCGAUCCAGUCUGUGUUGGAGCGGAUGACCCAGGCGGCGACGCGGCGUCCCCGGACCUUGCCGGCUGUCACACCUCGGCUGGUUGCUGUCAGCAAAACCAAGCCCCCAGAGAUGAUUGUGGAGGCCUACAGACACGGGCAGCGCAACUUUGGAGAGAACUAUGUCAAUGAGCUGGUGGAGAAAGCCUCUGACCCUCUGAUUUUAGAAUCGUGUCCUGAAAUCAAGUGGCAUUUUAUCGGACAUCUACAGAAGAAUAAUGUCAACAAGCUCCUAGGAGUUCCUAACCUGUUCCUCGUGGAGACGGUGGACUCCGCCAAACUGGCUGACCGGGUCAACAGCUCGUGGCAGCGCGUCAGAGGAGCCAACACUCAGAGGUUAAAGGUCAUGGUGCAGAUCAACACCAGUGCAGAGCAGAGUAAACACGGCCUGCCGCCGGAGGAGACGGUCAGCACGGUGAAGCACAUCGUGUCGCAGUGCUCCGCCCUGCACUUCUCAGGACUCAUGACCAUCGGGCGCUACGGUUACGACCUCACUCUGGGUCCCAACCCCGACUUUCAGAUGCUCUUGGGUCGGAGGCAGGAGGUGUGCGACAGUCUGAAGCUGCCGCUGGAGGAGGUGGAGCUCAGCAUGGGCAUGUCCACCGACUUCGAACACGCGAUCGAGGUGGGCGCCACCAACGUGCGCGUCGGCAGCAUCAUCUUCGGAAACAGGGAGUAUCCCAACAGCGCGGCCAACACCCCGAACCCCAGUCCGAGUCCGAGUCCCGCCCACAGCCCCGAGAAGACAUCCAAGGUGGUGUGUGAAGAAGCUGCCAAGAAGAUGCAUCAUCUCACCGUCUAAGCACACUGAAGCUGAGCUGGUUCUGCGUCGAGCCGCAGAUCCCAAGGAACUUUUCGGAAACGUAGCUACACAUCGGCUCGACGCAAACUGCUACAAGUUUUGAGGAUUUUCAGCUACUCUCCUCUUUUUCAGUAACUCUGUUGGGAUUAUUGAUGCAAUCCUGAGAAUCCUUCAGGCUCUUUAACUAAAUUAUCAUCUUUAAGUAAAUAAAAUGUGAAAUUUCACCCUGGAGUUCAGCUGGGACAUUCUCAAAGAUUGUAGAAAACUCUCAGCCGGAUAACUGCUAGGUCUGCUUUGGCUUCAGCAAAAACCUUUUACUGCCAUCUAGUGUUCAAAGGUGUCCCUGCACCUUCAAAGAGACCCAUAAACAAAGCGCUGGAAGAGCUUCAAAACCUUUGACCUUAGGAAAACUUUUGGAGAAAAAUAACGACUGAUUUACGUUAGGUUUGCAGGUUUUAUUGAACUUUAACUGGGAUUAAUUUAGCCUUUAGUCUUUUUAAGCUUUUUUUUUGGCUCAUAGAGGCGUUAAACUUUUCCGACUCCCUUCACAAUAAACGACACGACUAAACUUGGUAACAGAUGUCUGGAGAAUUUACUUUGUUGUUUUCUAACUCUUCAACCUAACUUGUGACAGUGCAGAAUUGUGCGUCAUGAACUGCACACAGGACACUAACAUUUUUAUUGUACAGCUGAAACAAAGACUUGUCUUAAUAAACCAUCUGUCCCUUUAUAAUGACACUCAGUAUUGUGUGUUUGAUAUGGUUUUUCGUAUGAUGUGCCAAACGUGUCAGAUCUUUAUUCUUGAUAUGAACAGAUGCGCGUGUUUCGUGUUGUUUGUGCGUCUGUGCUGUGCUGUAGUGUGUUGUUGGAGGUGUGAGAGAGUAAACCUAUGCAACAUGUUGGUCUUAAACAUGCAGCCUCUUAUUUUGUUUUUAAUUUUUUUGUCCGUUAAGUUUGUGGGAGGGGCUAAAGGGUCAGACGUGUGCUUGGUGUUUUAGGCGUUUUAUCAUUGUUUGGUUUGGACUUUGGUUCUGAUUGGAGCCAAAACCAAGCAAUAAAUUUUACUGUUCAAAAAUA